AUUUACUGACCACAAAGAUCCCAUGGAUACCACUCCUUUAACCCCCGGGCACUUUCUAAUCGGACGGCCGCUGAUGUCAGUGCCUUCAGCGCCCGCCCAGAACUGUAAAACCAACAGAUACAAAGCCCUCGAGCAGCUGAGACAGGCCUUUUGGGAGAGGUGGCGGAUGGAGUACAUGGCGGAGCUUCAGAACCGGGCGAAGUGGAGAAGGGGCACCUCAACCAUCGAUGUCGGGGACCUCGUCAUCCUGAAGGAAGACAACUUAAUGCCUCUCCACUGGCGCAUGGGUCGCGUCACCAAACUUUACCCCGGAGGCGACGGGAUCUCCAGGGUGGCGGAUAUCUACACUUCCACCGGCACAAUCAAAAGGGCAAUUAAUAAAUUGUGCCCCUUACCGGUGCACCAAGGUUGAAUACAUUCAACGGCCCGGAGGAUGAACGCGCCCAAACGCAGUGCAACGGAACGCAUCGAGUACAGCGGGGGCGCGGGGGGACCACGGCGGCCAGCGCGAGCGACGGACGGCGGCGCCGAGAACAUUCGGCCACAGGCAGCGCAGCGGCAUGCGCCUUACCGCUCGACAUACGCACAGUGCCUUUUAUUAAUAUACAAUAUUUGUUACAGUAUUCA